ACUUCUUUUCCCGCAACCACAAAAGGAAUUCUUCUUUUCCUCCGGAUGGGAGGUUAUCUAAAUAUUCCAGAACCUCUAACCACACCACCACCACCACCACCACCACCGUCACCACCGUCACCACCGCCACCGCCAAGACCAACCGGCCCCAUGUUAUACUACGGUCUUGUGGUGGUAGCCACCGCAGCCAUCGUCCUAGCUGUCUACAAUCUCAUCAUCGUUCGUUGGUGCGCCACCCAAUACCACCGCCGUUCACAACAAGAGACCCAGCUCCCCCGCCGCACCCGAUAUCCCACCACCAUGUCAUCGCCACCGUAUCCGUCGCUCUCCGGUGGUAGCCCCACCACCAUAUGCUUGGUCUCAAGCUUCAAAUACAAGAAAGAAAAAGAUAAAAACCAGUUGGAAGAUGACGUCAGCGAGUGCUCCGUUUGCUUGUCCGUUUUUGAAGAAGGAGAAGAAGUGAGAAAAUUGCCGAUUUGUAACCAUUUUUUUCAUGCUUCUUGUAUCGAUAUGUGGUUGCACUCUCACAUUGACUGCCCACUUUGCCGUGCUCCGGUGGUGGCGCCACCGCUACCACCACCGCCGCCGUCAAUAUAUGAAUGAAAAAUAGGAAAUGAUUGAGCAAGAAUUAAGCAAAAAAGGAGAGAUUUUUAAUGAACUGGUGGUUGGUGUGUGGUGUGGGGCCAUCAUUUAUUGAGAGAAAUGGAUAGAAGAGGAGCUUCCUGCUUGUAUUUUCUCUUGUCUUAUUCACUCACAAAAUAGACCACAAAUAAUUGCGGAUUAUUGUAAAUUUGUAGAGUGGAAUUUGAUAAUAAUAUCUAUUGAU